AUGUUGAGCCUUUCGCAAUUGAUUCCAUGGUUUGUGUUGGGGGUUUUGGUACAAGAUACGGUUGCGGCGCUGUCAACUACUACUACUACUACUACUACUACUACUAUGUCGAGUGCAGUGGCGACGCAUACGGUUUCGGUAGGGGCAGAAGGAUUGGUGUUUACGCCGAAGGAAUUGAAUGCGAAUGUUAGUGAUGUGAUAGAAUUUCGAUUUUAUCCUCGAAACCAUUCGGUUGCGAGAGCAGAGUACAAGAAUCCGUGCAUCCCAUACGAAGUUACGGGAAUCAACAAGCAGGGCUUUUGGAGCGGUUUUUAUCCGAUCAAUGUGGUUUUGAACGAUCCUCCUAAAUUCCAAGUCGUGGUCAAUGAUACGAAUCCAAUUUUCUUCUAUUGUUCGGCUCCAGGAGCUUGUCAUGAGGAUGGUAUGAUUGGCGUGGUGAAUGCUAACUCGACCCAAACAUUUGCAGAUCAAUUGGCAUAUACGAAAAACUCCUCUAUACAAUUUAGUCCUGGCGAAAACUUCCCCGUCGAAGCCUCCUCAUCCUCAUCCUCAACCGCCCAUCCCACCUCCACAUCAACACCCACACAACCCCCCAGCAUCACCACCUCCACAGCCCCCUUAACCAUCACCGACCCCUCCCCCUUCCCCCCCUCCCCCUCCAAACUUUCCCACGGCGCAAUCGCAGGAAUAGCCAUCGGAGCCGCCGCCCUCCUCCUCCUAGCCAGUGCCCUCCUCUACCUCUGCGGCCGCCAACGAACCAUCAAGGAAAUAAUCCACCACCACAACUCCCGCUCCCCCAACAUUUCCUCUCGAUUUCAUUCCCAUUCCCACCCCCUUCAUCCUACGGGUCUAGAUCCCCAAUCCUCUAACCCUGCCUCCGCCUCUCUUUCCGAGUCAACUUAUUAUAGCAAACCCCGCCAUCCCAUGAGCGAAAAUGAAAAUGAAAAUGAGAAUGGAAUCAGAAGGGUAGGACAGUUUUCGAACGCGCGCAGUGAUCCGCAUUCUCACCUCUCGGAAUCAUAUUUGGGGAGUGAGGGGUAUAGUCGGAGUCGGAGUCACAGCCCUGGUGUGGAUGAAUAUGGCAUGAUGAUUCCGUCGCCAAAUGCGAGAAGCGAGAACGCGAACGCGAAUGCAAAUGCAAAUGCAAAUGCAAAUGCUAAUACAAAUGCAAGUUUACAGCAUAGUCCUAGGGUACCCGGGAUGCAAAUGGGGAUAGUAGAGAGAAGAGACGGGGAUCGAGACGAGUGUGAAAGAUAUGCAGAUUCAAGACCCUCGUAUUCCCCGGGACUCCCAAUUGGUUUUCACCCCGGUACUUCACCAUCGGGUCCUCAUGAGUUAUCUACGCACGAAGAUUGA